AUGGAAGCAGUAAAAUCUGAGCCUGAAGUCAAACCCGAUUUGUUAAUGGAGGUUUCGGCAGAAUGCGCUGGAGAUAAUAUGAAAUCUCAAGGAAAACCCGAUAGCCGCCCACCUUUGAAGGAGAAAACAAUGAAUCGACAACAGCUGAGAUGCCAGAAGUCAGAGGUAAUUGAAGAUGCCAAGAGGAAAAGUAUUGCUCAAUUUUUCCAAUCCACGGAACUGAACAACAACGGUUUCAGCGGCCGCCCUCCCAACGGCGAUAAGAGGAAACCUUCGAUUAAAGCCGAGCAUCCAGCUCCAUUAGUUGUGAGCAAGCGUGCAAUCGGGGAUGCCAAAACGGGAAACGGUUUUGAUGGAAAGGAGAAGAUGAAUCAAAAUGGAUCAGCUGCCGUGUCAGUGUCGCCGAUUGCGAAAAAACUCAAGGUAGAUCAGCACCAGUCAUCACCUGUAAGAACCGACUUACCCUCGGCUGCUGGCGAGGAUAAGCAUGCCAUAGAUAUUGCAGUUAAUGAACCACCGCCUUCCGCCCAAUGCCUACCCACCAACCCAGGUCCCUAUGCACCGGUUAAGGCGGGAUUAUACGAGCAAAGCUCCAAAGGUGAGGAUAAGAAGUACUACGAGGACGUUUUCCACGAGGUUCAAGAUCAAGAGGAAAAGCAUUCUUGUAUCGCGUUUGCGGAAAUGAAUCUCAAUACCUGGAUCAAAGCCGGCGAAGAGUUACAAUUAGAACACAAAAGGAUUCUAGCGAGGCUGAUUAAAGCUCGAAUGGGCCUAAGUGAGAAAUUUAGAGUAAUCACGGAUUUGAUCAACAAACGCGCCUCUGCAUUGAAUGCCCAAGGUCAGAUCCUGGACCUGAAGCUACGUCGUAUCCAGGAUUUGGGCAAGGAAAUUCUUGAUAUCAUCUGA